AUGAAGCUCCACUUCAUGAAGGUCACUCCUACAACGGCCUUCGUUCCCCGCGAGGCAGCGGACUCGAUCCCCUUCUCUUCCGACAAGCUUCCGGAGAUCUUGGAACGGUUCUCCGUGAAACCCGGGUCUGUCGAAGCCUCGGCCAUGAACCAGACGCUGAAAGCCUGCGAGGACCCUGCGGCGGCGGGAGAGAGGAGGUACUGCGCCACGUCACUGGAGUCCAUGGUGGACUUCGCCACCGCCAGCCUGGGCACCCGGGAUGUACAGGUGGCGUCCACGGAGGCCGGUGCGGGUGCCACGGCGGAGCAGGUGUACACCGUGGCUGCUGACGCGGAGAGGUUGGCGGCGGGGAAGAAGGUGGCCUGCCACGCGCGGCCGUACGCCUACGCCGUCUUCUACUGCCACGUCGCCCGCUCCAGCAGGGCCUACGUGGUGCCGCUCGUCGGGGAGAACGGGGCAAAGGUGGGGGGCGUCGCCAUCUGCCACGCGGAUACCUCUGGCUGGAACCCACGCCACGUGGCAUUCAAGCUGCUGAAGGUGAAGCCUGGGACGGUGUCGAUAUGCCACUUCCUGCCGCAGGAUCACGUCGUCUGGGCGCCACGUGGCUGA